AUGAGGACUGAGCAAAGCUGUGCAGAGACACCGGCGACUCUCCGGGGGGUCAAAGAUCUGCUCCAAAAAGUGGCGCACGGAAAAGAGGAUGCCCCGGAGAAGCAAGACGAAAGCAAAUACGUCCAUGUGGAGUUAGUGGACGUGAACACAAGGGGGGCAAACCCGGAGAAAGACUGUCACUUUGGUGAAAGAACCCAAAUGUCUGCCCUUACGAACAGCGGCGCCUCCGGAGCUCGGAGCGCAACGGAACCAAACCACAAGUUGGCGAGUAAAACCAAGAUUGAAACUGAAAAGAAAAUUGAUUCUGGAGUUGGGAAAUGUACAGACGGUGUCAAGGAGGGUCCUUCUAACCAGUUCUCGUCAUCAGGUCGCCCUUGUCUUCAAGUAAAGUCAGAGGAUUGCCUCAAACCAGCAGACAAAAGCAAGCGCGCCGUGACGCAGCCAGAGGUGCCCAAAGAAGAAGACAACAAAAACACACCAAGAGAUGAAGAGCUGCACUGCAGCGAUAAUUACUGGAGCGGUAGAAGUGAGUCGGGUGAUUAUGAGGAUGAUGAUGAUGUUAGUUUGGUGCUUUCCGACGACUGCGAUCCGUGCGUAACGGAGGACGAGUCCCAUUACAUUACCACGCACGAGAUCCAACUGUCGGAACUUUCUGAUCAUGAGGGGGACUACGACCUCGGGGCGGGCUCCUCCGCCAGCUGGGACAUUGAGGAUGACAACCAGGUGUACUCUUUUGUCGAUUAUGCUUCUUUUGACGGUGACGGGGCGGCGGGGGAGAGGGGGCACGGCGGCGAGCCUCGCUCUCAGGGCGCAGCAGCAGUCAGCACUCUGCUUGAAAGUGAUCUGUGCGACGCGGCCAAGUUCACCAGCUCAGAUGAGAGUGUGUCGAAGCCACAGCAGCAGCCGUGCAGUGGCAACGCCGCGGGACAGAUCCACCUGUCAAUCAGGACCACUUCUCGAGCUAUAAAUGACCCUGGCAACAUUCAAGAGCAGGGAAAUAUUCUUUAUCAUGCCAGGCGCUCCGGAGACAUGAGCCGCUAUGUGUUAAGGGGAGUUGAUGGGAAGGCAGAGACGUUGUGUGACAGAGCAAAGUGCUUCAUAGCCGCGCCGGGACGCUUACACUUUGGCCGCAAAUUGAGGGGAAAAGAGGUCACCGGGUAUUCCAGCGGUGCGUCCAGCGCUGUCAGCGAGCUGGACGACGCUGACAAGGAGGUGCGCAACCUGACAGCCAGAGCCUUCAAGAGCCUGGCUUAUCCUUACUUUGAUGCCAUUAAUUUCAGCACCUCCAGCGAGUCCUCUGCAUCAGAGCAUGGGCUAGGGAUAAACAGGUGGUCCACGUUUGUCGACCUGAAAUAUGGCAACAUGAACAUGUCACAGGGACUGGACCAAAGUAUGGUAUCCCAUCAAAACUCAACGGCCUCAUUCGAAAUAGCCAAAAAUGUAGACAAUAGAGGUUAUAAGGGCAUUGCACUUGCAAGCAUCAAACCGCCCACCAGCAAGAUCUUCACCCUGAAUGCCAAUCCCCACAGCGCAUCGUCAUCUACAAAGAAGAUAGAACUGAUGGGGAAAUUCAGUCAGGGCCACAGUGGGGUGAUUAGGCUCACAGAGACUCUGAAUUUUCGCUGCAAUGUCAAAUCGGGAAUGUCUGAGGGAGAAAGACGCACUAACUUUGCACAAAAAGCUGCAGGAUCAUGUUCCACAGAUGAAGUUACCAACAGUUUCUCAAGCGGCCAGAGGAGAGGGACCAGCCAGCCGCCCUCUAAAACCAUGGAAGACACGCACAAGAAAGCCAUAUUCGCCUCGAGCCUCAUCAAAAAUGUGAUUUCGAAGAAGAUGCAGUUCGAGCAGGAGCGCAAGAUGGAAAGAGGGGAGAUAAGUGAGCCGCAUCCGACGCCUUCCCCGUGCUUUGUGCACCAGGAGGGCGACAGCCACAGGGGGAAGGGGAGCAAGGAGCUGCACCGACAGAGCUCCAAGUUUUCCGAGAGCGGCUCUGACUACGCCAUAAUGUGCGUGGAUGAAUUAGGGGACAUCGUGGACAGCGGCUCAUGUGAUACCAAGAGCGACUCCCGGAGACAAGCGACUCCCGCACCAGAAACUAAUUUGGAGUCGGCAAAUGAAGCUGGAAUCGAUACUAAAAAAGGCACAUUGGAAGCGUCGAAAAGCACGCUGCUUCGCAGCCAAAAUAGCGCGUUCAGAUGCUGGAAGGACGAGGAGCUAGAGUUUCAAAAGGAUCAUAAAAACGAUCAAACACAGGAGGAGAAGUCGCCUUCAGCUGACGGCAAAGAGGGCGAGGGGGAUCAGUACUCAUCGUGUAGCGGCAAACUGACUAAAAUGUCACAUUUGUUUGUGCCAAGUAUCCAACUGCUGUCUAGUGACGGAGAAGACGGACAGCAGCUGCAGAACAGGAAUUAUUCUCCAAGCGGAGACCGAGGAGGGCUAAAACUGCGCUCUGACAACACUUUAUACAUCGCAGACUCCAGGAGCGUGGCUACAUCCAAAUCUCCCGAAAUUAAAAUUAACUUGAGGAGCGUCAGAAACAAUAAAACGGAACCUUUCGGCGUCUCCAAACUGCGCGCUCCUAAUAUAGGCUGUAACGCAGCCAGCCUCAUCAGAACAGAUGACUUCAAAUGCCAGGCGCUGGCUGCAGCUCUGAAGGGUGAGUCUUCAGAUAAAGUUCCGCAUUUCAUGGUUAGGGACAUUAGAGAUAAUAAAGGAAAGCUGCAGACGCCCAUACACCAAGUGCGAGACGUGCGUAAAUUGGUUAAAAGUUCCUAUCACUUUGUCUCUUUGGAUAACAACGAAAAUAAAUCCAACUUUGCCUCGUCUGACAGCCAUUCAGAGCAAAAGAAGCAAAUUCCCUAUAGGAAUCCUAAUUCUGUGUCCCCCAUAGUGAUAAAAUGUCAGUCUGUGAAUAUAAACAGCAACGGAAAACACUGUGGAAAUCUGACUGAGUUUUCCAAUCGGGAGCCGUUUGACAUCGACAGGUCGUCUCCAGAGGGCGCUAAAAGUGCUCCACUGCAGAGGGCUGCAGGGAGAGCGGCCAUAGGCAACUCCAAUAAUUCUUCAGAGGGAGACACUGGAUUGAGAAGUGAAAGCAGAAUAGCUUCAAAGAGGCAGGAAAAAAUAUCAGACAUGACAGACAAGAAACCUGAAUCAAAGAUGGCAAAUCAGGUGGCUCUGGAGAAGCUCCAGGCUGCCGUGAAAACCAUGGAGCAGCUCUACGUCUUUGAAAGAAAUGAAUGGAAAAGGAAGAACGAGCCCCAGCGGCUCACAGACAGCCAUGUGCUUUCGCUGAUAACCAGCGAGGAGCAUGGCGGACCUGAGGAGGAAGGUGUGAGGGGGGCCAACAUGGACAAGACGCCACCGGCGGUCGCAGCAUCCCCCGGCACCGACGGCCUGCUGAGGCGAGAGGACAAACCCUUUCAGGCCGCUGGUAGCCGUGAUGAAAGGCUGGUUGGUAAGUCAAUGCAAGCCGCCGGCACCACGGGGAGCAAAAACAUGUUCAGCCUCAGCUCGAGCCUUAAGGCCUCCACACCCGCAAAGACGCCCCAGCCGAACCCUGUCACACAAGCACCUUUCAGCGCCAAAAGCUUUGUCCCGAAGUCUCCGAAAUUGCCCGCAUCGUUAAAAAUCAGCCAGCCCAAGCUUAGUGGGCACGAGGAAGCUGAAUCGAAGGAGGCGGAGAGGUCCCUGCAGGAGCCCUCAAGCACCUCAGCCGACAACGAGAACUACCUGACCAUUCCGGUCAAGUCUCAGUCCAGCAGCAACAAGCAAGCCUCAUCUGCGGAAAAGACAUCAGUGUACACAUUUAGCACUCAGACGCACCCAACAGCACCUUCAGGACACUUGGGAUCUGGCUCCAGGGGCCAGGAAGACUACAACCAGUCCCCCAAACGCUCCAGCAUUGUGAUGGAGACACGCUCACCCGAGAUCCCUUCUGCCACUAUCUACCACUCCUUGCCAUUGGGCAUGUCCACCAAUCAGCCUCAGGUGUACUGUUUCUCCCCAGCAAUCACCCCCGCUCCCACCCUGGACCCCUUCCAGGCCACCCAGAAGAAGAUGCUCCUGGAUCCCACCACUGGAAACUACUACCUGGUGGACACUCCCGUGCAGCCGGCCACCAAGCGUCUCUUUGACCCUGAGACAGGCCAGUAUGUGGACGUGCCCAUUCCGCAGCCUCCCGUGACUCCAGUGCCCAUGCCGAUCUCACCUUUGGCCCUCAGUCCAGGAGCGUAUGGACACACCUACAUGAUCUACCCAGGCUUCAUGCCGACGCCGUCCGUGAUCCCGGCGCGGACGCUGGUGCAGUCGCAGAUGUCGGUGCAGUCGGAGGUGGAGAGCUUGGAGAAGCAGCAGGCCGAGGGCAUGUACAUGGAGAGUCCUUUCUACAUGGCGACGGGGAAGUCUCCCCAGGCGGCCUCCGGGGCUCAGCAGCAGGCCGCUGCCAGCAGGCCGCCGCAGGGCUUCUCCGGCGUCAAGCAGCCUGUCAUCAGCAUCACCUCCCAGCAGGGGCCCCGGAUCGUCGCCCCGCCCCUGUUUGACGGGACCACCAUGAGCUUCGUGGUGGAGCACAGAUGA